GUCAUACAUUUGCUCAGCCCUCUAAUAAGAAAAUAAAUAGUUUUGGCCUUUUAAGAAAAGGAUCAGAAAAAGAGUUCAUUUGUUGGCUCCACAGUUCUUCCCAUUGUAAUUUGUAUUCGUUUCAAACCGAUUCUUUCUUUUUUAACACCAUGGGAGGCUGUGCGAGCAAACCUAAGGAGUCUGAUAUCCUUGAAACCUCUGCCACCACUGAGAAUGUUGUUGUCGAGUCCAAGAACGUCGAAUCCGAAGCAGUGUCCCAGGAGAAGGCAGAUGAAGUUGUUGCAGAGAAGACGGAAGAGUCUACUGUAGAUGGAGCAGAGACACAGAAGGAAGCUGAACCAGCUGAAGCUGAGGUAGCCAAGCCUGUUGAGGCUGAGGCGGCCAAGCCUGCUGAGGCUGAGCCAGCUGCAGAGGCUGUGAAAACCGAAGAAACGAAAGAAGCUGCCGUCGAAGCUGUUGAGGAGAAAGCUUCUGGUGAGACUGAGGCACCAAAGCAAGAGGAGGCUGCACCAGCCAAUGACACCAAAACCACCGAACAGCCUCUUGUAACCCUUUAAUCUUCAUAUUCAUCUCUCUCAAAUCUCAAUCCGUUGUAAUCAACUCUGUAAUUUGUAUUUCUCACAAAUGUUGUAUUGCUAAUGUUCCCACUUGUUUGCAUUUGUGAUAUCCUAAAAAUAUUUGUUACA